CUUUUCUUUUCUUUUCUUUUUUUUUUAUAUAUAUAUUUUUAGUCUAUUAAAUUAAAAUUAUUGAUAUAUUAAAAUAAAGAGCCAAUUUAAUAUUUUGAACUAAACGAUUCCCUAAAGAUCCAUAUUUGUUAUAUUGCCGUUAAAUAUCGUACUACCCGCAUUCGGUAAAAUCCGUCAAUCCAGAUUUUAUUUAUGUAAUAUCAUCAAUCUUAUAUUAAACAUCUCAUCUUAGGAAAUUGAGAUCAGAUCAAUACAGUAAGUUAUAAAUAGUUGUAAAAUCCUGAUUCGAAAUGUUCGGCGAAAAAAAAAAAUAAUAACUUUUUCUUAAUAUUACCAAAAUUAAAUAUGACAUCGGCAAAGUUAUGGGGCGGUCGUUUCAGUGGAAAAACUGAUCCAUUGAUGGAUAAAUUUAACGCAUCAAUAAAUUUUGAUAAAAGAUUAUAUGAAGCAGAUUUAUUAGGUUCUCAAGCAUAUGCAAAAGCACUAUCUCUCCGUAAUAUUAUUACCACUGAAGAAAAAGAUAUUUUAGUUAAUGGACUUGAAGAUGUACUUAAAGAAUGGAGGGAGGGCACCUUUAUUAUUAAAGAAGGCGAUGAAGAUAUUCAUACCGCUAAUGAAAGAAGACUAGGUGAAUUAGUUGGUAGUGUAGCCGGAAAAUUACAUACGGGAAGAAGUAGAAAUGAUCAAGUUGCAACUGAUUUCAGAAUAUGGGCAAGAGAAGAAACAAAGAAAUUACUUGUUUAUCUAAAACAAUUAAUUGCCGCAGCUGUUGAACGAGCCGAAAAAGAAAUCGAUGUGAUCAUGCCUGGUUACACACAUCUCCAGAGAGCACAACCAAUUAGAUGGAGUCAUUGGUUAUUGGCAUAUGCAUGGAAUUGGAAAGAAGAUGCGGAACGCUUAACUCAAAUAAUUGACAGAUUAAACGUACUUCCAUUAGGUAGUGGAGCAUUGGCAGGAAAUCCUUUUAACAUUGACAGAGAAUUUUUGGCAAAAGAACUAGGCUUCAAAGGCGUUAUUCACAAUAGUUUGCUUGGAGUUAGUGAUAGAGAUUUUGUUGCCGAAAUAUUAUUUUGGUCUUCUUUGACUAUGAUACAUAUUAGUAGAUUUUCCGAAGAUCUAAUUUUAUAUUCUACAAGUGAAUUCGGUUUUGUUACUUUAGCCGAUGCUUAUAGUACCGGUAGUAGUUUAAUGCCUCAAAAAAAAAAUCCCGAUAGUCUUGAAUUAUUACGUGGUAAAUCUGGUCGUGUUUUUGGUCAGCUGUCAGGAUUUCUAAUGACAUAUAAGGGACUUCCAAGCACUUAUAAUAAGGAUUUACAAGAGGAUAAAGAGCCAAUUUUUGAUGCUACGGAUACACUGUCUGGUUCUUUACAAAUUACCACUGGUGUCUUAUCAACUCUUACUAUUUAUCCUGAAAGGAUGAAACAAAGUCUAAGUACUGAUAUGUUGGCUACGGACUUGGCUGAAUAUUUGGUUCGCAAAGGAGUCCCAUUCCGUGAAACUCAUCAUAUUGCAGGGGCUGCAGUCCGUUUAGCAGAGGAUCGUAAUACAUCAAUGUCCAACUUAACUUUAGAAGAUUUUAAACAACUUCAUCAAGCCUUUGAAGAUGAUGUCAAAUUAAUUUGGGAUUAUGAAAAAAGUAUUGAAAAUAGAUGUAGUCUAGGUGGUACUAGUAAACAAACUGUAAAAGAACAAAUUAUUAAAUUAUCUAAAUGGUUAAAUGAGUGAAAAUUGAAUUAAGAGAUCGAGAUAAUAGAUUUAUAAUGUCAUAUAAAUUGUUUAAUUUUUAUGAGUUAAAGGUAGUAAAUUAGAAUUCGCAUAUAAUUAUUAUUUUUAAUUUAUUUAAUAUUAUUUAGUUCUACAAAUAAAAUCUUUUUAAUCACCACUAGUGAUCGAAUAUAUUAUAUAGACUUCCGCCCUUUAUACAGUAUAUCAUUCUUUUCAUUUAUCAUUAAGUUUCUUGCUA